AAGAACAACUACAAUGGCGUCGCGAGCCCGGGCUCGAGCACUAAAGUGCAGACUGCACUGUGUGCGCGCGCGGAGAUGACAGUCGCCAUUUUAUUUUGAAAAAUUUAACCGAACUGGAAGGAGAGCAACCCUUUUAAUUAAUUAAGUUUGGGCGCAGAAACCCAAAGGAAUGAACAUCACAAAUACAUUUUAGGGACCAUGAUGCUGAACUUGAUUUUGCACUGAGGGACUUUACCUUGUAUCAAGAUCCAUUGACAGAAGAAGCUUGUUUUAAAACAGACAUUUUUCACACCUGGGGGGGGGCAGAAGUAUCUUAUCACUGAAGUGACUAAAGGGGAAUAAUGGUGAUUUUGCGCCGGGCACGGCCGCCUGCUUCCGCCCCAACCAGCAAUGAAUCUUGACUCGCUCUCGCUGGCUUUGUCUCAAAUCAGCUACCUGGUGGACAAUUUAACAAAGAAAAACUACAGAGCCAGCCAGCAGGAAAUACAGCAUAUUGUGAAUCGUCACGGCCCUGAGGCGGACAGGCAUUUAUUACGCUGUCUCUUCUCCCAUGUGGAUUUCAGUGGUGAUGGUAAAAGCAGUGGCAAAGAUUUUCAUCAGUUUCUGAUCCAGGAGUGUGUUUCACUGAUUUCAAAGCCUAAUUUUAUUUCAACACUUUGCUACGCCAUCGACAAUCCUUUGCACUACCAGAAGAGUUUGAAGCCGUCGUCCCACUUGUUUACUCAGUUGAGUAAAGUUCUCAAGCUAAGCAAGGUUCAAGAAGUGAUAUUUGGCCUUGCUUUGCUCAAUUCGUGCAACGCAGACCUUCGUGGUUUUGCCGCGCAGUUCGUCAAACAAAAGCUCCCUGAUCUCCUCCGCUCGUACGUGGACGCGGACCUUGGCGUUAACCAGGAAGGUGGCUUCCAAGAUAUUGCCAUAGAGGUCCUGCACCUGCUCCUCUCCCAUCUUCUGUUUGGCCAGAAGGGAGCCAGUGGCGUCGGACAAGAGCAGAUUGACGCUUUCCUCAAGACACUGUGCAGAGAUUUCCCGCAGGCGCGCUGCCCUGUGGUGCUUGCACCGCUGCUGUACCCUGAAAAACGGGACAUUCUGAUGGACAGGAUUCUGCCAGACUCGGGAGAGUUAGCCAAGACCAUGAUGGAGAGUUCUCUUGCAGAGUUCAUGCAGGAAGUUGGCUAUGGCUUUUGUGCAAGUCUUGAUGAAUGCCGCAACAUAAUUCUGCAGUAUGGGGUGCGAGAGGUUACUGCCAGCCAGGUGGCCAGGGUCCUGGGGAUGAUGGCUCGUACCCACUCUGGCUUGUCUGAUGGAAUCCCCCUACAGUCCAUCUCUGCUCCGGGCAGUGGCAUUUGGAGUGAUGGAAAGGACAAAAGUGAUGGUUCUCAGGCCCACACUUGGAAUGUAGAAGUUCUGAUUGACGUGGUCAAAGAAGUUAACCCCAAUCUCAACUUCAAAGAGGUGACCUACGAGCUCGAUCACCCUGGCUUUAUGAUCCGGGACAGUAAGGGACUUCAGAUGGUGGUGUAUGGGAUCCAGAGGGGCCUGGGUAUGGAGGUGUUCCCUGUCGAUCUCAUCUACCGGCCCUGGAAGCAUGCUGAGGGACAGCUGUCAUUCAUUCAGCACUCCCUCAUGAGCCCAGAUGUGUUCUGCUUCGCUGACUACCCCUGCCACACUGUAGCCAUCGACAUACUGAAGGCGCCACCCGAGGACGAUAACAGGGAGAUAGCCACCUGGAAGAGCCUGGACCUGGUGGAGAGCCUCCUGCGCCUCUCUGAGGUGGGCCAGUACGAGCAGGUGAAGCAGCUCUUCAGUUUCCCCAUCAAACACUGUCCUGACAUGUUGGUGCUGGCACUGCUGCAGAUCAGCACCUCUUGGCACACCCUGCGCCAUGAGCUCAUCUCCACCCUCAUGCCCAUCUUCCUGGGCAACCACCCCAACUCCGCCAUCAUCUUGCACUACGCGUGGCACGGACAGGGCCAGUCCCCCUCUAUCCGUCAGCUGAUCAUGCACUCGAUGGCAGAGUGGUACAUGAGAGGAGAGCAGUACGACCAGGCCAAGCUGUCCCGCAUCCUGGAUGUGGCCCAGGACUUGAAGUCUCUUUCAAUGCUGCUAAAUGGUACUCCAUUUGCCUUUGUUAUUGACCUUGCUGCACUUGCCUCUCGCCGUGAAUACCUCAAACUUGACAAAUGGCUGACUGACAAAAUCCGAGAGCACGGGGUGGGUGGCGAGCCCUUCAUCCAGGCAUGUGUAACGUUCCUGAAAAGACGCUGUCCCUCUAUUAUGGGUGGUCUUGCCCCAGAGAAGGACCAGCCCAAAAGCGCCCAGCUUCCCCCGGAAACGAUGGCUACCAUGCUGGGCUGUCUGCAGGCCUGUGCAGGGAGUGUGUCUCAAGAGCUCUCUGAGACUAUCUUGACCAUGGUUGCCAACUGUAGCAACGUCAUGAACAAAGCCCGCCAGCCACCACCGGGGGUCAUGCCAAAGGGACGUGCUCCCAGCACCAGCAGUCUAGACGCCAUUUCCCCUGUGCAGGUAUCGGUGUCUCCUCUCCAGAUGGAUCCCCUGACAGCCAUGGGUUCGCUGAACCUGAGCAGCUCUGCCACCUCUCACACACAGAGCAUGCAGGGCUUCCCUACCCCGCUGGGCUCUGCCUUCAGCAACCCCCAGUCCCCAGCUAAGGCCUUCCCUCCACUGUCCAACCCCAACCCCAGCACACCAUUUGGGGGGAUUGGGAGCCUCUCUUCACAGCUAGGUAACACAGGUCCUCUGGGAUCAGGCAUUGGUUCUGGUCUUGGAAUGCCAGCGGUGAGCAGCGAUCCGUUUGGGACGAGGAAGAUGAGCACACCGGGCCUGAAUCCGACCACCUUUCAGCAGAGUAAGAUGAAGGCCUCUGACCUAUCUCAGGUGUGGCCCGAGGCUAACCAGCACUUUAGUAAGGAGAUUGACGAUGAGGCUAACAGUUACUUCCAGCGCAUCUACAACCACCCCCCACACCCCACCAUGUCUGUUGAUGAGGUGCUGGAGAUGUUACAGAGGUUCAAGGACUCCACCAUCAAGCGAGAGCGGGAGGUCUUUAACUGUAUGCUGAGGAAUUUGUUCGAGGAGUACCGUUUCUUCCCCCAGUACCCCGACAAGGAGCUGCACAUCACCGCCUGCCUGUUCGGGGGGAUCAUCGAGAAGGGUCUUGUCACAUACAUGGCCCUUGGACUGGCCCUCAGAUAUGUCCUUGAAGCCUUAAGGAAGCCAUUUGGAUCCAAAAUGUAUUACUUUGGAAUCGCUGCUCUAGAUAGAUUCAAAAAUAGGCUGAAGGACUAUCCACAAUAUUGUCAGCACUUGGCCUCGAUCGGCCACUUUCUGCAAUUCCCCCUUCAUUUACAAGAGUGCGUGCAGUAUAUCGAGUAUGGCCAACAGUCACGGGAUCCUCCAGUGAAGAUGCAAGGAUCCAUCACCACCCCUGGAAGCCUGGCGUUGGCUCAAGCUCAGGCCCAGUCUCAGCCUCCCAAAGCCCCCCAGCCUGGACAGCCCAGCACCCUGGUCACCACAGCUACCGCCACCACCACUGUCGCCAAAACCACUACCAUCACCCGACCUACCCCUGGCAGCUUCAAGAAGGAUGUGCCGCCCUCCAUCAACACCACAAACAUUGACACUCUGCUGGUAGCAACAGACCAAACUGAGAGGAUUGUGGAACCCCCAGAAAAUGUUCAAGAGAAAAUUGCUUUUAUCUUCAAUAACCUGUCACAAUCCAACAUGACACAGAAGGUUGAGGAGUUAAAGGAAACUGUGAAAGAGGAGUUUAUGCCCUGGGUCUCCCAGUAUCUUGUCAUGAAGAGGGUCAGCAUCGAGCCCAACUUCCACAGCCUAUACUCCAACUUUCUAGACACCCUGAAGAACCCUGAGUUUGUCAAAAUGGUUCUGAAUGAAACUUACAGAAACAUCAAGGUUCUCCUUACCUCUGAUAAGGCAGCUGCAAACUUCUCUGAUCGAUCCCUACUGAAGAAUUUGGGCCACUGGCUUGGCAUGAUCACUCUGGCUAAAAACAAGCCCAUCCUGUACACGGAUUUGGAGGUGAAAUCCCUGUUGUUAGAAGCCUAUGUCAAGGGGCAGCAGGAGCUACUGUAUGUGGUCCCGUUUGUAGCCAAAGUCCUGGAAUCCAGUUUGCGUAGCGUGUCCCAUCAGGCAGAGUACCUACCGGAGCUGACAGGGAGCCAGUCCUUCCAGGCAGAAUACCUACAGCAGCAGACAGGCAGCCAGCCAGAACUAGAUGAUGUAGACCAUUAUAGGCAGUAUUAUAGCCCAUCUCCAGAAGAAGCAAAGAGGCUCAAAAUCUUCCGACCUCAGAAUCCCUGGACCAUGGCCAUCAUGAAUGUUCUGGCAGAGUUGCAUACGGAACAUGAUCUGAAGCUGAACUUAAAGUUUGAGAUUGAGGUGCUGUGUAAGAACUUAUCACUGGACAUCAACGACCUGAAGCCUGGCACCCUGCUGAAAGACAAAGACAAGUUGAAGAGUCUGGAGGAGCAGCUCUCUGCACCAAAGAAAGAGGCCAAGCCCCCUGAAGAAAUGAUCCCUAUUGUUAGCACAGGUAUCCAGCACUUUCAAACUGGGAUGCCCCUUGUCGGAGACUUUCUUCCAUUUGCAGCUGCACCAUCCACUCCCGCCCCGACCACCACUUGCUCAGCUACUGGGCCCCCUACCCCGCAGUUUAGCUAUCAUGACAUCAAUGUGUACGCCCUUGCAGGGCUAGCCCCUCACAUCAAUAUCAACAUCAACAUCCCCUUGCUUCAAGCCCACCCUCAGCUCAAGCAGUGUGUGAGACAGUCCAUUGAGCGGGCUGUGCAAGAGCUCGUCCACCCCGUAGUGGACCGCUCCAUCAAGAUCGCCAUGACCACCUGCGAGCAGAUCGUCAGGAAGGACUUUGCUCUGGACUCGGAGGAGUCGCGCAUGCGUGUGGCAGCUCAUCAUAUGAUGCGCAACCUGACUGCCGGCAUGGCCAUGAUCACCUGCCGGGAGCCCCUGCUCAUGAGCAUCGCCACCAACCUGAAGAACAGCUUUGCCGCUGCCCUCCGGGCCCCCACCCCCCAGCAGAGAGAGAUGAUGGAGGAGGCUGCUGCCAGGGUCGCCCAGGACAACUGUGAGCUGGCCUGCUGCUUCAUCCAGAAGACUGCAGUGGAGAAGGCUGGCCCAGAGAUGGACAAGAGGCUGGCGACGGAGUUUGAGCUGAGGAAGCACGCCCGCCAGGAGGGCCGUCGCUACUGUGACCCCGUUGUGCUGACCUACCAGGCCGAGCGCAUGCCAGAGCAGAUCAGACUCAAGGUUGGAGGCGUAGACCCCAAACAGCUGGCGGUGUAUGAGGAGUUUGCCCGGAAUGUUCCAGGCUUCCUACCAAGCAACGACCUGUCUCAGCCCACAGGAUUCCUUGCCCAGCCCAUGAAGCAACAGGCAUGGGCCACGGACGACGUGGCUCAGAUCUAUGACAAGUGCAUGGCAGACCUGGAGCAGCACCUCCACGCCAUCCCUCCAGCGCUGGCCAUGAACCCUCAGACCCAGGCUUUGCGCAGCCUGCUGGAGGCCGUGGCCCUAGCCAGGAACUCCCGGGACGGCAUCGCCGCUCUGGGUCUGCUGCAGAAGGCUGUGGAGGGUCUGCUGGAUGCUACCAGUGGUGCCGAUGCUGACUUGCUUCUGCGGUACAGAGAGUGCCACCUGCUGGUGCUCAAAGCCCUCCAGGACGGCCGGGCAUACGGGCCACUGUGGUGCAACAAGCAGAUUACCAGGUGCCUGAUUGAGUGCCGUGAUGAGUACAAGUACAACGUUGAGGCUGUGGAGCUGCUGAUCAGAAACCACCUGGUCAACAUGCAGCAGUAUGACCUGCACCUGGCACAGUCUAUGGAGAAUGGGCUGCACUACAUGGCGGUGGCGUUUGCCAUGCAGCUGGUGAAGCUGCUGUUGGUGGAUGAGCGCAGUGUGAGCCACAUUACCGAGGCAGACUUGUUCCACACUAUCGAGACUCUGAUGCGAACCAGCGCCCACUCCAGGGCCAACGCACCUGAGGGGCUUCCUCAGCUGAUGGACGUGGUCCGCUCCAACUACGAGGCUAUGAUCGACCGGGCCCACGGAGGACCCAACUUUAUGAUGCACUCUGGCAUCUCCCAGGCAUCCGAGUACGACGACCCGCCAGGCCUGAGGGAGAAGGCUGAGUACCUGCUGAGGGAAUGGGUCAACCUGUACCACUCUGCAGCCGCCGGCCGGGACAGCACCAAGGCCUUCUCUGCCUUUGUGGGCCAGAUGCACCAGCAGGGCAUUCUGAAGACCGAUGACCUGAUCACUCGUUUCUUCCGGCUGUGCACGGAGAUGUGUGUAGAGAUCAGCUACCGCGCCCAGGCCGAGCAGCAGCACAACCCUGCGGCCAGCGCCGCCAUCAUCAGGGCCAAGUGUUACCACAACCUGGACGCCUUUGUGCGCCUCAUCGCCCUGCUGGUCAAGCACUCCGGAGAGGCCACCAACACCGUCACCAAGAUCAACCUGCUCAACAAGGUUCUAGGUAUUGUGGUUGGAGUGUUGAUCCAGGACCAUGAUGUGAGACAGACUGAGUUCCAGCAGUUGCCUUACCAUCGCAUCUUCAUCAUGCUGUUGCUUGAGCUCAAUGCCCCCGAGCAUGUGCUGGAGACCAUCAACUUCCAGACCCUCACCGCCUUCUGCAACACUUUCCACAUCCUGAGGCCUACCAAAGCCCCUGGCUUUGUUUACGCUUGGCUGGAGUUGAUCUCUCACCGUAUCUUCAUCGCCAGGAUGCUGGCGCACACCCCACAGCAGAAGGGUUGGCCCAUGUAUGCCCAACUUCUCAUUGAUCUGUUCAAGUACCUGGCACCCUUCCUGAGGAAUGUUGAGCUUAACAAACCUAUGCAAAUCCUCUACAAGGGUACCCUGCGCGUCCUUCUGGUCCUACUGCAUGACUUCCCAGAGUUCCUGUGCGACUACCACUACGGCUUCUGCGACGUCAUCCCGCCCAACUGCAUCCAGCUCCGCAACCUGAUUCUGAGUGCCUUCCCACGCAACAUGAGGCUUCCAGACCCCUUCACUCCCAAUCUGAAGGUUGACAUGCUCAGCGAGAUCAACAUCGCUCCGCGCAUCCUUACAAACUUCACCGGAGUGAUGCCCUCUCAGUUCAAGAAGGAUCUGGACUCGUACCUGAAGACACGCUCCCCCGUCACCUUCCUCUCUGAGCUCCGCAGCAAUCUGCAGGUAGGGGGCGCCACUCUGGGUCCCUGGAAGUAUUUGCAGCACAACGACACAUCUUUAGAACAGGUGUCAAAUGAGCCAGGCAACCGUUACAACAUCCAGCUGAUCAACGCUCUGGUGCUGUAUGUGGGAACCCAGGCCAUCGCACACAUCCACAACAAGGGCAGCACCCCCUCGAUGAGCACCAUCACUCACUCAGCCCACAUGGACAUCUUCCAGAACCUGGCUGUGGACCUGGACACUGAGGGGCGUUAUCUCUUCCUGAAUGCCAUCGCCAAUCAGCUGCGCUACCCAAACAGCCACACCCAUUACUUCAGCUGCACCAUGCUGUACCUGUUUGCUGAGGCCAACACUGAGGCAAUCCAGGAGCAGAUUACCAGGGUUCUUCUGGAGAGGCUGAUUGUGAACAGGCCUCAUCCCUGGGGACUGCUCAUCACCUUCAUCGAGCUCAUCAAGAAUCCCGCCUUCAAGUUCUGGAGCCACGACUUUGUACACUGUGCCCCAGAGAUUGAGAAGUUGUUCCAGUCAGUGGCUCAGUGCUGUAUGGGGCAAAAGCAGGCUCAGCAGGUGAUGGAGGGCACUGGUGCCAGUUAGUCAGCCAGCCUGCAGGAGAGAUAAUAGGGCCAAACCCUCCAUCCCUGGACCCACCCCACAGAUGCCCCCCUACAUUACUGUUAGCACUGGAUGAACUGGCAAUGCUGAUUUUGAAGUUUGACUGCUGCUCAUGGAUCUAAGAGUUUGUUUUGGCCUGGCUAUGGAGAAGUUAUUUGGACAUGCUGUUUAAUAUUUUUAUGCUUCGAUGUAAAUAUUAAAAGGGAGAUGGAGAGAUUGAUAGUACGAGCAGAUAUGUGAAUGUAGUGUCCAACAAGUGAUCUAACAUGUAAAGACGACGUGUACACACGCAUUCAGUCACUACCAAAGGUCCCUGGCUGUCUCCCUCCUACAGAUUUAAUUUUUUGCAUAUUUGAUGAUUGAUUUAUUUGCAUUCAGAGGCUUAAAAGGUAGUGGAUAAAGAGGGCAGUUUUUUUUUUUUUUUUUUAGUGGGAAAAGAAAGGCAGUGCACUAGAUUCUUUCAUGGGUUCACUCCUUUGAUCUACUUGGGGUGUGGUGGGGGCAAUGGUCUUUCCAUUUUAAAUAGUGGGUUAGAGGUUCUCCCCGGCACUUGUAAAAUUGUGGAAAAUUUAAGAUGGCGAAUUAAAUCUUAAAAUUUGUACAAAGAUCCAAAUUGCAGAACAACAAAAGGACCAAUACAGCCCAUUUUGUAAGGAUUUUGAAUGUUUUGUAAAUGUAUUGGUCCGUGUGUAUUUUGUAGUCCUUUAUAGUUGCCUUUAGUUCUUGCUACUUAUUUCCUGUAUGUAUGCAUACUGUAGUUAACGCAUUAAACAAUUGAACUGCAA